CAAAUGACAAUAAGGUGUAGUCAUAUCCCAUCGCGUUCACUCGUUGCCCUGUCAUGGUCUCAUUAAAUUUGCAAGGAUUCAAGUUCAUUCGCUGUCUUCUCGGGUUAUUGUCAACAACAAAAGUCAUGACUGUAGUCCUAUCAAAAAUUAGUGAUUAAAUUUAAGUGGAAAAUUCAACCGUAUGUGAACAUUUUUUCAACUUCUCUGGCUAGCUGAAAGUGCAUCAUAAAAAAAAUAAAACUAGUGAAACUUAGUGCUUUUCUGGUCGAUAAUUGUGCAAAAGAAAACGAAGUAGCUUACGUUUGACCGAGUCCGGUAAAGGUUCAGUAGACACAACAUGGCAAACCUGAAACAAAUUCCACUAACCUGCUCCGGCCAUACAAGACCAGUGGUACAUUUGGAUUUUAGUGAUUUGACCGACUGCGGAUACUUUUUAAUAUCGGCCUGCAAAGAUGGCAAACCAAUGCUACGUCUCGGAGACACUGGAGAUUGGGUAGGUACGUUUGAAGGCCACAAAGGUGCAGUUUGGGGAGUUGCUCUCAAUAAUAAGGCGACACUAGCCGCAUCCGGAGCUGCAGAUUUCACUGGAAAAAUCUGGAAUGCAGUUACCGGUGAAGAAGUUCACAGUUUGCAGCACAACCAUAUUGUCAAAACGGUUGCAUUUGACAGUCAUAGCCAAUGUAUUGUAACCGGUAGUAAUGAAAAACUAGUCAGAGUAUUUGAUCUGAACGCCUCAGGAACACCGGUUGAAUCCUAUUCAGGUCAUGCCGGUACUAUUAAGAGAGCCAUUUUUGCUCGUAACGAUAAAUAUGUGAUUAGCUGUGCAGACGACAAGACCAUGCGACUGUGGGAUCGCUCAUCAGGUCAGGAAACGAUGCGUGUCGAAUUCAGCGCACAUCCAAACAGUUUAGAGCUAUCGCGUGAUGGGAACAUGCUAACUGUUACUUAUGGCUCGACUGUUGCCUUCUUUGAAACGGAAACACUAAAAAAAAUGAAGGAAAUCGUCGUGCCAACAAAAGUAAGCUCAGCCAGUUUACAUCCUGAUAAGCAAAUUUUCGUGUGUGGCGGUGAAGACUUCAAAAUGUACAAAUUUGAUUAUAUAACUGGAAAUGAAAUUGAAUCUUUUAAAGGACACUUUGGACCUGUGCAUGCCGUUAGCUUUAGUCCGGAUGGGGAGUUGUAUGCUAGCGGAUCAGAAGACGGCACACUUCGGCUAUGGCAGACAACUGUUGGUAAAACUUACGGGCUUUGGAAAUGCACAGAGCCUACAGACCUUAACAAUUCAAUGAAUUCUUCCGCAUCACGCGAAGUCACUGCAAAUUGAGCACACACUUGCGAUCAAAGCUGAGCGAAAUUGUUGUUCGGAACGGUCAAACAUACUAUUGUAUGGUAGGAUAAACAACUUCAUACUCCCAAUACUAUCAGAGGGAAUAAUUCAUCUCGCCUGAUUACGCAGUGUAGAUGGUUCCAAUCCUUACCUGUCAGGAGUGUAUUCAGAUUUUGACACUUUGCUAAGAACGUAACGCGUACAUAUUAAUAACUUAUUAUUUUCGACAAAUGAACUACAUUGCAAGCUAUAGAA